AUGCUAAAAUGUGCUUCUUUUAACUGGCGCCAGUUUUGGCGGGAAAAGGAGUGCGUGAAAAUAAUACUUGCCUGCCUGGUGCUGCUUAUGGUAACAGUUGUGAACACAGAAAGCAGACAGCCAGUUCUACACAGGGUUGGAGGAGGAAGAUUUACUUGGAAACCAAAUGUUAACUUCACUGAUUGGGCAAUUCAUGAGCAGUUCUAUGUUGGUGAUUGGCUCUAUUUUGGAUUCAACAAGCAGCUAUAUACUGUUCUAGAAGUGAACAAGACAAGCUAUCGCGAUUGCAUUGAUGAAAAUUUCAUCAAGAACAUCACAAAGGGAGGCAGGGAUGUGUUUAAUCUCACAGAGGCAAAACCAUAUUACUUCAUAAGCAGCCGAGGCUACUGCUUCAAAGGAAUGAAAGUUGCCAUCGUUGUCCAAGAUUCCCCGCCUUUUCCGCUGACAAAUGGUUAUUUGCCUAUUACCAUCAGCUCUGCAUCAAACUCUCCUGGAAAGUUUGUCCUGCUUGUUAUGGUUGCCUCCACUUCGGCAUGGAUGCUCCUUUGAAACAUUACAUUUUUUUGGGUACUUAAAAUUUUUUGACCACAA